GCUAUUUCAAUUUUAAAUAUUCGCAAACAAAAUUUGCGGGGAAAAAAUAAAAAUCCCCACAAAAAAUUUACCAUUAAUGAAGAUUUUUAGUUGGUCACAAAAAAGUCUCCACAAAAUAUUGUAUUUCUUGUAGUGGCUGCUGCCAAGCUACGAUCCCCGUGGGGCUCAAGAGCUUCGUCGACGUGCAAUUCCACAGCGUCACGGACGCGAUAAAAGGGUGGUGGAAACUGAAAGUUAACAACACGCUGCAGCCGUUGACGCCCUCCUCAUCCGGUCACCAAAGAAAAGGAGCUCCAAGUAUAGUUUUUGAUCCGCCUGAUUUCGAAAACACGACGCCGCUGUGCAGCAAGGUGUUCAUCGCGGAGUAUGAAAAAUUCACGUUCUCAAAGAGCGAUAUGCUGUUCGGCGCUGCCUGGGACGACACGUCCCUGUCGAUGGUGCUGGAUUGGGCGAUCGGGAACGAGUCGUGUGCGGAGGCGACGCGGAGGAACGCGUCUGACGACUAUGCUUGCAUCGACGAGAACAGCAUCUGCUACGACCCGCCGGGUAGGGCGGGCUAUCUCUGCAACUGCAGUGACGGCUAUCAGGGCAACCCUUACGUCGCCGGUGGAUGCCAGUACAUUGAUGAAUGCGCGGAUCGAGACAAAAACAACUGCACGUGGAAAUGCACGAACAAGCCCGGGGAAUACCGCUGCAUUUGUCCACCGGGAUACAGGGGAGACGGAACCAAGAACGGAAGUGGUUGCACCAAGGACGCCGCAACUACAGAGAUUGGCCUAGCGGUUGGGCUGUCGGCUAUGGCUCUGAUCUUCAUUGGAAGCUUGUGGAUAUACUGGCUGCUGAAGAAGCUGAGGCUCGGAAGGCUCAAAAGGAAGCACUUCAUGCAAAAUGGAGGCCUACUAUUGCAACAGCGAAUCACAUCUGCUCGCAGGGCCACCGCGAGGAUCUUCACCAUUGAAGAGCUCGAGAGAGCCACCAAUGGCUUCAACAAGGACAGAGUGAUCGGCCACGGCGGCUACGGCACGGUAUACAAAGGAAUUCUUCCUAACGACCAGAUCAUCGCCAUUAAGAGAUCAAAGCUGGUGGACGAAUCCCAGAUCGAAUCGUUCAUAAACGAGGUGGCCAUUCUCUCUCAGAUCAAUCAUAAAAACGUGGUUAAGCUACUGGGUUGCUGCUUAGAAUCUCAAAUCCCUCUCUUGGUUUACGAGUUCAUCUCCAACGGCACGCUUUUUCACCAUAUUCAUGAGAAAUCCAAUACAGUGAUUCUGUGGGAGACCCGCCUACGAAUCGCAACAGAGACGGCAGCAGCUCUUGCUUAUCUCCAUUCGAGGGCUUCUAUACCCAUCAUUCAUAGGGACGUUAAGUCAGCUAAUAUAUUGUUAGACGAGAGCUACACUGCAAAGGUGGCGGAUUUUGGGGCGUCGAGGCUGGUGCCUUACGACCGCACGCACGUAACGACGCUAGUGCAGGGGACGCUGGGUUAUUUGGACCCCGAAUACUUCUACACGAGCCAAUUGACGGAAAGAAGCGACGUUUACAGUUUCGGAGUUGUGCUAGUGGAGCUGCUAACGGCGGAGAAGCCGGUAUCGUUUUGUCGGUCGGAGACGGAGAGGAAUUUGGCCUCGCAUUUUGUAAUGCUGCUGGAAGGGAAGAGGCUGUGGGAGGUGAUGGACGGUCGGAUGGUGGCGGAGGCGGGGGAAAUGCAAAUGCUAUCGGUGGCUGAUCUCGCGAGGAGAUGCUUGAGCGUGAAGGGGGAGGAGAGGCCGACGAUGGAAGAGGCGGCAGUGGAGCUCCAUGCGCUCCACAGGCUCAUGAAGCAGCACCUAGCUUUGAGAAGCAGCUUGAAGGAAGGGGCGAGGCCUCUUGCUAAGCCUUUAACUAUCAAUGACAAUGAUACUAUUGGCGAGGUUAGCGCGGAGAUCCACCUUCUAUCGUGCACGGAUAGUCUGUGAGGGAGGAUGAUCGCGCACGGUGAAUACGAUCAAAGAUACUUGAUGACAAAUAAACAUGUAAUUUUUUGGAUUAUUAAUCACCAUCUUUAAUUCUAUCUGUA